UUGCCGCCAAGAUUGCUUUGGUGGGCGAUCACUGUCCUGUUAGUACUUACCGUGAUAGUACCAACAUCAGACUCCAGCAACGUUCGCAGAAGAUUACGAAAGCCGUCUAAAGUAUCCACCUCAGUAUCAAGCAGCGUCUCCAGAUCCUCCGACCAAAUCAUAGCAGCUAGCGUGAACAGACCCAAGAUAAGAGGACGUCCCAGUAUAGCCAGCAGAAAAUCAUCUGCGGUUAUUGACAACUCAGUUACCACUGAUGAUCAUAAAGACAAAGAUGGAUACAAGAUCGUCUGCUACUACACAAAUUGGUCCCAAUACCGCACCAAGCUCGGAAAGUUUACGCCUGAAGACAUCCAACCAGAUCUGUGCACCCAUAUCAUCUUCGCUUUUGGGUGGCUGAAAAAGGGCAAACUUAGCUCUUUUGAGUCCAACGAUGAAACUAAAGAUGGAAAAACAGGACUUUAUGACAGGAUCAAUCAGUUGAAGAAAGCUAAUCCUAAAUUGAAGACUCUUUUGGCUAUUGGUGGCUGGUCGUUUGGAACCCAAAAGUUCAAGGAGCUAUCAGCAAGCCGGUACGCCCGUCAGACUUUCAUCUACUCCGCGAUCCCGUAUCUCCGUGACAGGAACUUUGACGGUCUGGACAUGGAUUGGGAAUACCCUAAAGGUGGAGAUGAUAAGAAGAACUUCGUGUUGCUACUUAAAGAACUGCGUGAAGCGUUUGAAGCGGAAGCUCAAGAAGUGAAGAAACCUCGUCUCUUACUCACUGCUGCUGUUCCUGUAGGACCUGAUAACAUUAGAGGAGGAUACGAUGUUCCUGCUGUUGCUAGCUACUUGGACUUCAUCAAUGUUAUGGCUUACGAUUUCCACGGCAAAUGGGAGAAGGAAACUGGACACAACGCCCCCCUGUACGCCCCGUCAUCAGAUUCCGAGUGGAGGAAACAGUUGUCCGUGGAUCAUGCUGCCCACUUAUGGGUCAAACUUGGUGCUCCUAAAGAGAAACUCAUCAUUGGUAUGCCGACAUACGGUAGAUCAUUCACCUUAUCCAACCCCAAUAACUACAAAGUAAAUUCUCCAGCCAGUGGGGGUGGCAAAGCCGGCGAGUACACAAAGGAAGGCGGUUUCCUCGCCUAUUACGAGAUUUGCGAGUUGCUGCGAAAUGGAGGUACAUACGUGUGGGAUGAAGAAAUGAAGGUACCAUACUGUAUUAAUGGUGACCAAUGGAUCGGAUUCGACGAUGAAAGAUCUAUCAGGAACAAGAUGAGAUGGAUCAAGGAUAACAGUUUUGGAGGCGCUAUGGUCUGGACAGUUGAUAUGGAUGACUUCACCGGCAGCGUCUGUGGUGGUGAUGUCAAGUAUCCUCUUAUUGGUGCUAUGAGAGAGGAACUCCGAGGCAUUUCCCGAGGAAAGGACGCUAAAGAUGUCAACUGGUCAUCAGUAGCCUCUAGCGCAAUUAUUGAAGUGUCUGAAAAACCUGAACCGAUCAAGAUCAGCCUCAGCGAUGUGGUCAGCAGAAUAAAGAAGCCAGGGAAGACGGUUAUUAUCAAGAACAACAAUGAAGUUGAUAAGAACAAACGUGAACCUCAAAUCCUCUGUUACCUGACAUCAUGGUCUGCAAAGAGGCCUUCAGCUGGUCGCUUUAUGCCCGAUAACAUUGAUGCCAACCUUUGCACUCACAUCAUCUACGCGUUUGCUACUCUCAAAGAACACAAGCUAGCUGAAAGCGAUGAGAAAGAUGGUGAAAUGUACGACAAAGUUGUAGCUUUGAGAGAGAAGAACCCUAAUUUAAAGAUUCUCCUCGCUAUUGGCGGUUGGGCGUUCGGCUCUACCCCUUUCAAAGAACUUACCACCAACGUGUUCCGUAUGAAUCAGUUUGUCUACGAAGCUAUUGAGUUCCUAAGAGAUUACCAAUUCAACGGUCUUGAUGUAGACUGGGAAUAUCCUAGAGGAGCUGAUGACCGUGCAGCUUACGUAAACCUCCUCAAAGAAUUGCGCCUUGCGUUUGAAGGUGAAGCGAAAACAUCUGGACAACCUCGACUUCUACUAUCUGCUGCUGUUCCUGCUUCCUUUGAAGCUAUCGCUGCUGGGUACGACGUGCCAGAAAUCUCGAAAUAUUUGGAUUACAUCAACGUGAUGACGUAUGACUUCCACGGACAAUGGGAGCGUCAGGUCGGACACAACAGCCCUCUCUUCCCACUAGAGAGUGCUACUAGCUAUCAGAAAAAACUCACUGUGGAUUACUCAGCCCGCGAAUGGGUUCGUCAAGGUGCUCCAAAAGAAAAACUGAUGAUCGGUAUGCCAACAUACGGAAGAUCUUUCACACUGAUCAACAACACACAAUUUGAUAUUGGUGCCCCGGCUUCUGCUGGCGGUACUGCCAGUCGCUACACCAACGAAGCUGGUUUCAUGUCAUAUUACGAAAUUUGUGAAUUCCUUCGUGAAGACAACACUACUCUGGUAUGGGAUAACGAACAGAUGGUGCCUUUCGCGUACAGGGAAGAUCAAUGGGUCGGCUUUGAUGAUGAGAGGUCGCUGAAAACUAAGAUGGCCUGGCUUAAAGAUGAAGGUUUUGGUGGCAUUAUGGUCUGGUCCGUCGACAUGGACGAUUUCAGAGGAUCAUGUGGCACUGGAAAAUACCCCUUAAUAACUGCUAUGAAGCAAGAACUGGGCGACUACAAAGUGAAAUUAGAAUAUGACGGUCCUUAUGAAUCUUCAAAUCCUAAUGGACAAUAUACUACUAAAGAUCCGACUGAAGUUGUUUGCGAAGAAGAAGAUGGUCACAUUUCCUAUCAUCCUGACAAAGCUGACUGCACACAUUACUACAUGUGCGAAGGAGAAAGAAAACAUCACAUGCCAUGUCCAUCAAACCUUGUAUUUAACCCUAAUGAAAAUGUAUGCGAUUGGCCAGAAAACGUAGAAGGAUGUACCCAUCACACUCAAGCGCCACCGGCUCGACGGUAA